AUGAAAACCAUCAAAAAAAGAAGCAAGGAAGAGCAUUUGCUGGAGGUGACGGUCAUUCGCUCUGAGGGCUUACUUCUGGAUCAGAAUCUUGGCACCAAAUGUAACCCGAUCUGUGUGUUGUCUAUACCCGAAAUUUCUUCUGGAAAAACGUCUAAGAUCAAAGGUUCAUCAUCACCUCAGUGGAAUGAGACUGUAAGUCUGAGAUUGGCCAAGGGAAGGGAGUCAGGGUUUGCCUUUUGUGCCACCAUCUGGGACAAGCAUCGCAUCAAAAGGGAGUAUUUGGGAGAGCUGCGGCUGCCUCUUGAUGAAGUUUUGAACAUGGCAAUGGCACAGGAAAGCGAAAAGACGUUUAAAUUAUAUUCAUCCAGAUCGAGACAGAAGUAUGUGACUGGUACUUUGGUUCUCAAGUUCUCUCUGUCUAAGAAUGGCACCAAGGUGUCGUCACUGGAAAACACUCCAGAUGGGUUGGUCGCUUCACCUAGCAAGAUUUCAGAGCAAACGGUUUGUGACCUUGUGAGAAAUGUGUCCGAGACGGACCGAAAAGCCAUGGAACAGAUCAUCCAAGUAGACGAACAAGGCUUCUAUCCUGAAGACUGGAGGUUUUCCAUACCUGACAGCGAUGUUCCUCAGGAACAGGAAAAUGUGGAGCCUUCGUCAUUAUUGUCGCCUAAUGACAGGCCUUCCAAGUUCAUGAACUCUUUGUCAUCCCCAUCAAUGGCGCCAUCUUCAACUGCAUCGUCCAUUACCCCGCGACUCUCGAAGAAGGGCCACUCGAAGCUCAGCUCGCAUGCCUAUUCGACUGCCGAUUUUUCAAGUGACUUUUCAGAGUUUGAUCUCACUGACACAGAUACGUCCAACAUGUGGCCUGUUCCCUCCAAAAAAGCGGAUAAAGCAGACAAAGCAUCUAAAGCAUCCAGGGCCUACAAACUUUCUUCGAGAAACGAUAUUUCCGGCAUAUUGGUCCUGGAAAUCACCACAGCUUCUGAUUUACCACCCUAUAAUAGUUUGACUCGUACCGGGUUCGACAUGGAUCCAUUCGUGGUGAUUUCUUUUGGGAAAAGAGUGUACCGCACCUCGUGGAGGAAGCAUACGUUGAACCCACAGUUCAACGAGAAGUUGGCGAUCGAAAUCUCUAAUUUAGAGACUGGUUAUGAACUGCAGUUUAGUGUUUUAGACAAGGAUCAUUUCACCUUCAAUGACCAAGUGGCCACCGGAUCUCUGAAGAUUGCUGGGCUAAUGAAGGAAGACAACCAAUAUCCAGAGGAGCUUUCUUUGGAGCUGAAGCUGGACGGGACUAAGCGCUACAGAGGGGCUGUGAGAGAGUACAGACCAGUUUUGAAAAUGAAAUACAAGUACGAGCCGUACAAAAGGUUGCGCUCGCAGCUUUGGUCAACUCUGCUCUCGCAAUAUGACACCAACGACGAUGAUAAGAUGGACGUCGUAGAGCUGGCACAGUUCCUGGAUACCUUAGGAUCCACAUUGGACGACACCACUGUUGAGAAUUUCUUCGAAGCAUAUGACCUAAACCCAUGGGUUGGAGAGAAGCUGACAUUCGACCAAUGUAUUGACCAGUUUGAAAACUUUCUAGAGCAGAAGCAUAAGAAGAAUCUCUAUUACCAUGAAGAUUCCUCUUCCAGCUCAACUGUUGUUGGCGAGCAAGAUCUGGAAGAAGAGAUCAUCAGCAUUGAGCAAUGUCCGCUUUGUGAUCGUGGAAGACUAUCCCAUAAACACGACAUAGACAUCAUCACCCAUAUUGCUCUUUGUGGAAGUAAGGAUUGGUCCAGCGUAGGAAAAGUUCUGAAACCGUCGUUCGCUACUCCAAAUUCAGCCACGAGAAGAUGGUACUCGAAACUCUUGAUCAAGUUGACAUACGGAAAACUGGCUUUGGGUUCGGACAAUGCCAACAUUCUGGUUCAAGAUCGGGAUACAGGAAUCGUCAUUGAAGAGAAGAUGAGUGUAUAUGUACGUUUGGGAAUCAGACUGUUAUACCGUUCGUUUGACACCAAGGCCAGCAGAUGGAAGGAAGUCAGAAGACUACUGAAGAACCUUUCAAUCAAGCAAGGAAUCAAGUAUGACGAUCCGCAUUCCGUCAAUCAAAUCUCCUCAUUCAUCAAGUUUCACAACCUUGACAUGUCACAAUGUCUGAUGGCUGCAGAUGAAUUUAAGACUUUCAACGAGUUUUUUUAUAGGAAACUGAAGCCCGGCGCAAGACCACUGGAAGGUGAAAACAAUCCUGGGAUCGUUACAUCUUGUGCAGAUUGCAGGUUUUGUGCUUUUGACACCAUAACUUCCGCGACAUCGGUCUGGGUCAAGGGACGGGACUUCACCAUCAAAAAACUGUUUGGGGGUCAUUACCAGGACUUGGUUGGUUCCUACGAGAACGGAUCAAUGUGUGUCUUCCGACUUGCUCCGCAAGAUUACCACCGGUUCCAUUGCCCCGUGGAUGGAAUAGUGGGCGAAGCCAAGUAUAUCGAAGGAGAAUACUUCACGGUCAAUCCUAUGGCCAUUCGUUCGGAUCUCGAUGUCUACGGUGAAAAUGUCCGCGUGUUGUUACCAAUAUAUUCCGAUAAGUUUGGCACAGUUAUGAUGGUUUGUGUGGGUGCGAUGCUAGUUGGCUCCACCAUCAUAACUGCCGAGAAGGACCAGUACGUUAAAAGAGGUGAAGAACUGGGAUACUUCAAAUUUGGAGGCUCUACGGUGCUUCUGCUGUUUCAAUCAGACCAAGUGGUGUUCGAUUCUGAUUUGACAGAAAACUCCAAAAAGGCCGUCGAAAGUCUUAUUAGGGUAGGAAUGUCUAUUGGUCACAGUCCUGACACUGUCGAGAAUAACCGUGAACACCGCAACUUCGAAGAACAGAGCGAGGAGGCACAGAUGAAGAUUAUUCGCACCAUCACUGGAGGUGAGGGUGUAUAUCGCGGUAUCAGGCCGAACAUUGCAGAGUUGGCUGAAGUGCCGAAUUGGGAGGCCCAGCAGCUUGAUAUUGAUGACUCGAUUGAUUUCUCGAUUGACUUGAAUAGAUGA